CAACGUCCUUACGAAUCUCUCGCUCAAGUACCAGAACGAAGAAAUGGAUCGUCGCUGCCCUCCUACGAGUCGCUCCAAGAUGAUAUCAGUCACACAAAUGAAGCUAGUGGUAUCCCUGCUGUAACACAACCACUAUCAGGCUUCGAUUCAGCAGAACAGAGAAAGUCUCAUGUUAUCUCAAUGGUUUGGGUCUCUAGUGAGCAAGCUCGUAUCGAGGGGUGGCCAGCAGAGCCUCGAAAAUUGAAAGACAAGACCUUGUUGACGUUGUUCUUCAAUCUAUGCGAAGCGCUGGUCACCCCUCGCACCGAUAGCUUUCAUUGGUACGUCGCUUCCGAAGUAUCUCCAAGUCGUCGCUUAUGUUUCUCAGUUAUUGCUAUACUAGCGGCUAAGCUAGACGAAGAGCCAACUGGUGGCAAUGGAUUAGGUCACAACAUCAAGACCAUCACACGUCNNUUAUCUGCUUUCCCUCAUGCUUCGCUCAUCGCAUUUAACGGACCUUCAAUAUAUCCUAUUAUGUUUGCAGCAGUGGCCAGUAAAUCCCUGAAGACUUUUGCAAGGUAUUAUGCUGAACGCGGUACGAAGCUUGGUAUUCUGGAAUUACUUCUAGCAAGCCAAACGGUAUGGGGCACAUUCAAGAGUCAGAUACUCUUGAGGCGUUUCACUCUCUCCGGUGCCCAUCUGUUCCUUCUCUGGUGUCUCUCUCCUCUCGGCGGUCAAGCAUCUCUCCGUAUACUGGAUAUCUCCACGGAAGCUCGGGUCACUGGCGGCGAGCCCGUUUUGUACCUUCCAACGGGUGGCAUGAGCUCUCAUGGCAUGGAGAAUGGCAUUUUGGCCUCUGGUGAUGCGGCUACCUCAUUGGCAGCCAUUAAUACUCUCUACAGUGCCAACUUGCUCGCGCCUCUAUCUGUUAAAAUCCCGGAUUUGUCUACACACAACCCAUUGCCUGGCAACUGGAGUACUGUUCCAGACCUCAUCUCAGCUGACAACUACACUUCUCUUGUCGGACUUCCACUGGCUGGCUUGAUCAGAAAGCGUCAAAUCUUACAAGAGUUCAGCUUCGACUAUGCUUAUAUGGACCUUAAAUGCCCUCUUCCAGUCUACAAUACAUCGAAGAAAGAUCCCGACUUUUUCAAACACCUCGGUCUCGUCUGGUCCUCCAACAACAAAUCAAUGUUCACGAACGAUGCGAAGAAGACCAUAACCUCGUUCUUUCUUGACACCCACACGCCAAUGUCCGACAAGCGAGUGGACAAUGUCCUGCUUGACCAAGACACUACAGCACGUUCAGAUAUAUCUUUGCAAUCUCCAAGAAACCUUCUCUUCGGCAGCCUGGACUCGACUUCGUCAACAGUACUUUUGCGGAAUUGUACAGUAGCGCAAAUCUAUCUCGAAGCUCAGGCUCAAUGCACCGAUGACGGGUGCAAAGUGCAUGCAGUCCGUCCGUCUAUCAAGUACCGGAACCGCAAUUCGAAUCUAACACUACUUGAGUCUUUCGUGUUGAGUUAUCAUUUCAUGCAAGAUUUUCCGUUAGCGACUGGCAGUAUACACAAUGGCGAUACGUCACCUACAAAGUAUUAUGUUAGAGGAGCGCAUAUGCCUUUUGGCGCAGCAACAGCAGGGCUACCUGGCNUUGCAACCAUUCCGAACGAUCUCUUUGCCAUCCGUAUGGGGCAGCUGAUGAAUACGUACUUGCAACUUUCACUUGCUCCCUUGGCUUAUACAGGCGAUCUCCCUGGUCCUAGUGGAGACAUUUGGAAGACUUCGAACCAAUCUAUCAUCACAGAAGUGUACAACGACACCCUGCCACCAUUCCUGCCAAUCUCCUUCAAUACCACGAUCACGAGGACCACUGAAGUUUACAAAUGUAACUAUCUUUGGUUUGCUUUUCUUCUGGUCUCGUCGUGUAUACUUCUCCUGCUCGGAUCAGCAGGUACUGCUUUGAGCCACCUGUGCAACGCUCCCGAUAUGAUGGGUUAUGUCUCCAGUUUCACAUACAACAAUCUGUACAUGAGUGUACCGCCUGGUGGAGAAUCUCUGGGUGCUAUGGAGAGAGCACACCUGUUGAGAGACGUUAAAGUCAAGAUUGGCGAUGCCAGAGUUGACGACGAAGUUGGCCACGUUGUCUUCGCGACUCUCAACCGUGCUGAUACUAUCGGAGAUUUGAGCCUUGCGAAGCGUUACAGA